ACAACGUUAACAAGUGCUUAUUCAAAGAAUCACAAUGGCACAUACGUAAAUCAAGUGUCCUAUUUUUCAACAAUAAAGGCUUUUUAAAGUUUUUAAAGUUCACAACUGGCACAUUUAAUUUCAUAUUCAUACCAUACCAUAGCUUAUAAUAAUUUCAUUCAUUCAUUUCAUCUGAAAAACAUAAACUAAAACAAAUUUCAUUCAUCAAUGGCAAGUUCAUCUUCCUUAACCUUCAUCAUGAUCAUCAUCACCGCCACUACACUAUUGGCGAUGAGUUUCACUCCGACCGCAGUUGCUGGUGGGGACCACAAAUUUGAAAUGGGAUUGGGAUGGGCAUCCUUAACAAAGCCACUUUGUAAAGGCGGCUCAAUAGCCGAAUGUCUAGGAGAUGAGGAAUUUGAGCUUGAUUCUGAGAUCAAUCGGCGCAUUUUAGCUACCACUAAGUACAUCAGCUACGGUGCUAUGAAGAGGAACACAGUUCCAUGUUCUCGUCGUGGUGCUUCGUAUUACAAUUGUCGACCCGGUGCUCAGGCUAAUCCUUAUAGCCGUGGUUGCAGUGCAAUUACCAGGUGCAGGAGCUAAAUUAUUAUUAUUAUUUUUUUAAUAUUAAUGGUAAUUGAUUAUUGUUUAUGUUGAUCAAUGUUGAUGAUGAAUAUAGUGCUACUGUUAUUUGGAUUUGAACGUGUUUUGUAAAAUUAAAUCUCUCUUCUUUUUAUUUA